AUGGUUGGUUACGCAAGGCUUCUGAAGAUUCAUGCUUUUAUCGACCUUUAUUACUGCAUUAUCAAUGUGGCAACCAGCGUAGUAGGUUUCAGACGGCGUUUCAUUGAUAUGUACAAAUGUUUAGGAGCCUUUCCCUUUUGGUGGGAAUUUUUAUCUUGUCCCAACCGGGUUUCUUCGCCACGUUAACGAUCGACACUUGUGGACCUUCUUCUUUGGUGCUUAUUAUCAUUCCAUUUUGGCGGAGAUGUCUAUCACGCCGGUCGAUUUUUACUAUCGAUAUUUGAAUAUUUGUCGGUAAGAUUGGAGUUGAUUGUACGUAAAACAUAUCUUGUGAAUACCUUGUAAGAUCAAUUUCUACUUCUAGUCACCAAACGAUGACGGAUAGACAUCUUUAUUCAUUUAUCGCCCUUCUGUUUACACUCUCCGUUAUUCACUCGUUCCCUGCGUACCUUGCCCUUGGAAAUUUCGGACCGUCGUUUGAGACGCCGUUUGAGGCUAACGUGACAAUGAAAUUGCAUGAGAUAGACAGGUUUGCCGAUCUGGAAACCAUCUUCGCAUAUAACCCAACGGUAUGCCUUCCAGCGGCCUUCUAACAUCUUAUUACUGCAUUUUAGAGCGGCUUCAUGGAGUACUUUAAUCUUGUCAUACUGCAAUUGAAUUUUACUAUUGGUUUCCUUGUGAUCAGUUGGUCAUAUUUGAAGAUCAGAAAGAAACUGAAAGACCAUUCCACAGCGAAUCCUUCGUCCAAUAUUCACCAUAUCGAAAGCCAAAUUAACAGCAUAAUGUUGCUACAGGUAAGGGUUUGAUUGACAAAAAGCGAAGUGUGUUUUCAAAGGACUUUCUUUGGUCUACAGUAAACUGUUAAUAUCAUUACAGCUACUGCUGCCAGUCUUGGGCAUUAGCCUUUCCAUAAUUAUCACAGGAACAACGGGUGUAAUGCAAUUCAGCUUUCCCGAGAUGGGAGCAAUCAAUCGAAUCGUAACCAAAUGGAUCAGCGCUCUCAAACCAAUCAUCACCGUGACAAUAGUGUCCGCCUAUCGCAAGAAAUUCUUCGAAAGCUUGUUUUCACUGGGAAAGGCGGUGACGCUAAAUUCUUCCAUCGAACAUAUGACAUCGGUUGAAAUUGUUCGUGAAUAA